AUGGCGCGGGUCGCAACACUAAUCAGAAGUCAAGACCAGCCGACCAUAGACAGUCUCCUCGAGGGUUUGGUCACUUCUGGCCUACUCGAGGGCAACCAUGUGCAACAGUCGUUCAAUGCGCACCGGCAGAUUGUCUUCUUUGCCGUGGGCUCGAUCACAUCAUUAUUCACGCCUGAAAUGCCCGACCAGGGGACGCAGGAUCUCUGCUUCAGGAUCAGAGCGGAGCGCACAAAGAUCUUCACUUCCAUGUCUCUACCUAUCCAGAUAGCGGAAAGACCGCUAAGCGAGCUGAUCCAAGCAAUGGGUACGAGCCUCACACCCACCAAGCGUUCGAGGCAGGCAGUUCACGACUCAUUGGACCUGUCGGUGGCGCACCUUGCGCAGUGUUUCUCGGUUUCUCAUCUCAACGGCAAUGUGCUCCGAAGUGUUGGCGGUAUCUCGGUUGAAUGGGUUGACUCAAUCAGUGCACACCUUGACUUUGAUGUGGUCCACAAGCGAUUGUUCUUGUUUCGAUCGCCCUCAUUCUGUGAAGUCAGUUGUUCACAAGAUUCAGCCGUGGCCAGAGUUCUCGAGUCACUUUACGACGAGUGGACACGGCCUCACGGCUUUUCAGCCCCGGCCUUUUUGCGUGAGAUCAUGCUCUCGACGAGGUUAAUAUUCGGGGACAGCAAAGGGGGGCGCUGCAUGUAUCAAAGACACGAGAAAACUCGAGCCGAGCAAUGGGGAGUUCGAGAUCAUCUCUUGGACCAGCUUUGUGGGUUGGCCCGAGCGAACGUUGGUUCGACACAGCCAAUACCGGAUCCCAUGACGGAAUCAUACGAGAAGGACGAAUUCUUCCCCCUCUUGACACCAAGACUUGAGGCUCUGCAGAAGUAUAUGAUUCGACAGCAUCCCAACCGAUGGAAAGCGUUGUGGGCGGACAAACGGGACCUUACCAGGUGGUACACCCUGUGGGCUGUGGCCAUCUUUGGCAGUAUCGGCGUGUUAUUGUCAGUCAUCCAGUGUGCUCUCUCAGCGGUCCAGAUCGCUGUGGCUUAUCGGACCCUGGCCCUCUCCGCUGUCUAG